UGGCUAGAAUAACAGACAAUAGAACUUUGAUAUCGUGUGUGGAUGCUUGAAUGCAUGAAAAGGAAUAAGGGUGACUGAGUGAUCGUGGUCGUGAUUGCUAUGUGUUCUUCUUGAAUUAAUUAGAAAUUUUCGUAACACUCCUGAUUACGCAGUGUCUCGAGCCUCGUAACCAAAGCAACUCUUCAGAAUGGAUUGGAAGGUGCGAGCCGCCAGGCAAUUUCUAUUGCUCAGUAUUAUACUACUGGCAAUUCGAUAUGGCGCUGCUGAACAACGAAUCGUAUGCUACUACACCAACUGGUCAGUCUAUCGACCUGGGACAGCCAAAUUCUCGCCGCAAAACAUCAAUCCUUAUCUCUGCACGCACUUGAUAUACGCCUUUGGAGGUUUUACCAAGGAUAAUGCUCUGAAACCAUUUGACAAAUAUCAGGAUAUUGAAAAGGGUGGUUACGCUAAGUUUAACGGAUUGAAAACUUACAAUAAAAACUUGAAGACGAUGCUCGCGAUUGGUGGAUGGAACGAAGGAUCAAGUAGAUUCUCACCAAUGGUUGCGGAUCCUAAAAGGAGAAAGGAAUUCGUAAAGAACGCCGUGAAAUUCUUAAGACAAAAUCACUUCGACGGCCUGGAUCUUGACUGGGAAUAUCCAGCAUUUCGUGAUGGCGGCAAAGCACGGGAUAAAGAAAAUUACGCAAACUUGGUUCAAGAAUUACGGGAGGAAUUCGAAAGGGAAUCUUCAAAGACUGGCAGAGCUAGAUUGUUACUUUCAAUGGCAAUACCUGCCGGUAUCGAGUACAUUGAUAAGGGAUACGAUAUUCCACGAUUGAACGAAUAUUUGGAUUUUUUCAAUCUUUUAUCGUACGACUAUCACUCGGCCUUUGAACCUGCCGUCAAUCAUCAUUCUCCUCUGUAUCCUCUGGAAGAGGAGAGCGAAUACAAUUACGAUGGCGAAUUGACAAUUGAUUUUACCAUCAACCAUCUAUUUAAAAAAGGAGCAGCCUCUGAUAAGAUUGUUCUUGGGAUUCCUACCUACGGCAGAUCAUAUACCCUUUAUAAUGAAGAUGCUACAGAAAUCGGAUCUCCUGCCGAUGGUCCAGGAGAAGAAGGAGACGCAACACGAGAAAAAGGAUAUCUUGCCUAUUACGAGAUUUGCGAGAGUGUUAUGAAUUCAGACGAUUGGGAAGUCGUGCAACCAAAUCCAAACGCAAUGGGUCCUUAUGCUUACAAAGGUAACCAGUGGGUCGGAUAUGACGAUGAAGAAAUAGUUAGACAGAAAGCUCGUUAUGUGAAUGAGAAGAACCUGGGUGGUAUAAUGUUCUGGUCCAUUGACAAUGACGAUUUCCGUGGCAAGUGUCAUGACAGACCUUAUCCUCUAAUCGAGGCUGCCAAGGAGACUCUGUUAUCCGGAAAUAAUUUUAGGAAAACACAAAAUGCACAGAUAGGAAAAACAACAGAUGGAACGAAGAAGAUACGUACUCAGGGUGUUCAAGGUAAUCUGGUUGGAAGGAAGGUACCUUCUGGAGAAGGUAAACGUACCACGACCGUGGCGCCGGUUUCGAAGAAUCGUCCUCUAGUUACGAAGCCAAGAAAUAAACCAGGAACUCGACUGGACUCUAAUGAGAAGGAAAUACAAUCCGUGGAUCCUCUGGUUGCGAACGAAGAUGAGGAUGACUCCCGUUUCGCCAGCAAUGCUGUAAGGAGUCUUGAGUCAGCCGAAAAUAAACCGAAAAAGAACAAACCCCGAGGUAAGAAUCGUCGUCGACCCGAAAGUCAGGGUGGCCGUAACAGGUUGCGGGAUCAAAAUGCCCAAAAAGCAUCACAGGAAUCUGACAGCGAAGUAUCUUCAAGUAACAAGCUGACGACUCCAGAACCACCAACGACACCAGAUCCGGGCAGCGACUUUAAAUGCGAGGACGAAGGAUUCUUCUCGCACCCACGGGAUUGCAAGAAAUAUUUUUGGUGUCUGGACAGCGGCCCAGGUGGCCUUGGUAUUGUGGCACAUCAAUUCACGUGUCCAUCAGGUCUUGUCUUCAACAAGGCAGCUGACUCCUGCGAUUAUCCACGUAAUGUCAUAUGUCCUAAAUCAAGAACAUCCUCGGGUUCGGUUGUUUCUACGACCAGGGCGCCGAUCACAGCUGCCACCAGUCGCACUACAUAUCUUCAUAGUACAACGCAACGUACAACAACAUCUACGUCUGAUAGCGUAGAGGACGAGGAAUAUUAUGACGACGAUGAAGAUGAAGAGGAAGAAGAGGAACCUGCGUCAACAACAACUGCUAGAGCUUUGUUAUACAAAACGAUCAAUAGAGCCAGACCUACUACAACAUCCAGGACAACCCCAAUUACUACAACUAUAAAUCCCAUAAGCACUACCAAGUCGUAUCAACCCUUGCCAGAGCGUAGCCGUACGACACAGAGCCAGAACACAAGCGAGGAUGAUCCUGAAGAAGACCCUAGAGUGAUCAAGGAAUUGAUAGACCUCAUCAAAAAAGCUGGUGGUAUUGAGCAACUGGAGAAACAAUUGCUUAUACAGGAAAAGAAUAUAAAUUCAGGAACAACAUCAUCCAGUGGAAACGUUACUCCAGCAACUAUUAGUAGAAGCUUAUACGAGCGUGUACUCAAUAGACAGUCUACCAAAGGAGCUAAUAAACUCUUUGGAUCACCAAGUACUAUCUCUACGUUCAGUACUACCACACCAAGUAUUGCCGUCAAAGAUGAUGAGGAAACGGAAUCAAGAAGCAGAACCAACUUCCGGAAUGGUCCAGGUAGAUCUCAGUUCGAGGGACUCGAUGAUCUUCCUGAAGUGAAGAGUCUCAGAAGAGCGAAGAAACCGCAAUACGUCACUAUCGAAAGACAGAGACCGUCCACCAGAUCACCUGAUUCCGAUGAAGAGACUGAAAUAGACGUCCAGGAAGAGGAAGACAGUGCAAAUGUUGCAUCCUCUGAGGAGAAAGCCAUAAGCAAUCCUCCGGAAGUCACUGACGUACCUCAAAGAGUAACUCCUAGUUAUGUGAACAUCCGUCGCACUCGACCGACUACAUCAAAAAGCGAGAAUGAUGUAGAAGAAAAGGUAGAAGAUGCAUCCGACUUGAGACCAAACUUUAGAAGACGAAGACCCGUUGCUUCCAAGACAACCGAGGAUGCUGCUGACGAUCCGAUCAGGACCAAUUUCCGUAAUCGACGACCCACGACAUCGAGAAACGAACCCGAAAACGAUGACGACGACGAUGAUGACGUGGAAGAAGAUGGCGAGGGUAAAAGAAAGAAGGUUGAAGAAGAUCAAAAUAUUCGAACUGUUGCCGCACAAGAAGAAACACCUACAACAAAGUCUAGGUACAUCAGCAUCAAUCGUUUCAGAAGCACAACUGUGUCACCAAGUGAAAGUUCAUCUUCAGAUAAUGGUCCAAUUUCUGAAUCCACUGUGGAAAUAGUAGACAAGUUUACGGCCACGUCACCAAUUACUGAGGCAGUAACCGAAGAAGGAGCAUCAGAGAGUUCAGUGUUCUCAACGACAACGACACCGACGUCGACGACGACAACGACGACAACGACAACGACGACGACGACGACGACGACAGAGACACCUACGACUACUCCAAUUAGUAUUUCUUCAAGUGAGGCCUCUACAGUGAUUAUUCAGGAACCUCCGAGAGAGAGUACUCUUCUUCCUGAGUUGUCCAGUACCGCCGGAAAUUCGGAGAACGAGUCUUCAGUGAAAUUGGUCGAGGAAUCCGCAACGGAAAUCCUCCUGACGACAGUGGAAGUACCCAAUACUUCUAACCAGGAUGCUAGCUCCUACGAACCAUUAACAAAAGAAACCACUGCCGCAGUAUCUCAACCGAGACCCUUUGGAUUCCCACGACGAACACGUCCGACCGUUUCCAUAUCCGUGACACCAGCCACGGAAGCCACGACCCCCAUAGUCCCCGUAACCCAAGUGCGACAGAAGGUGGCAUUGGAUUCCUUCAGGCUACCUACCCUCAAGGAACUUGUUGGUUAUCGUACAGUUGAUACACGUGAAUACCCAACAUCAGCCCCCACCACGUCAAUCUACCCCUAUGACAUAGAUAAGGAGCCCGAUACCACUACGACCCCAGAUUUUGAGAAACCUGAACGUCCACAGGAUCCAAAGGAUCCACGGGAGAAUCUCAUUGAGAAAGGAUCAAGCCAUGACAGUUCAAGUCCAGAUCCUGAAACAACAACAAGCUUUGCCACGGAGCUCUAUCCCUUGGCGUCAACGACAAUGACGACGUUAAAAAGGAUGACGACGACGACAACGUUAGCGCCGCCAAUUCUGAAGAACGAUAAUUCGAGAAUAAGAUACGUGAAACGCGUGGAUGUUCCCGUUCGCAUCCUGGAUGAAUCUGGCAAUGAUCCUCUCACGGAACUCAUCCUAAGAGUCCCUGAGGACAAACUUGACAGCGCCGUUCUCAAAUCCAUACUCCGAGUAGAGCUGAUCAAUCCUAUUGACAAGAAUGGGACAGAGAAUAAAUUCAGAACAAGGAGCCCACUGCCAAGAAUAUCAUCAAGAACAAGAUCAACAGCUACAACCGUGAAGCCCGUCACAGUCAGAGGAAACAGAGUGAUUCUACCUCGCACGGAAUUCGCAAAACGUGGAUUUUAUGUGACUAAAAGUUUACAGCGAAAUACAGUCUCUCCAUCAGGAACUGCUAAACCGUCGUCAACGACAGAAUUUUUUACAACCGAAAUUCCUACCACAACCGAACCUACUUUAGAGACAUUAACGCCAGCGAGUAGCGUCAGUAAAUUGUCCACAGAUUCCCUGAAAAACUCAGAAACAAAGACUUUCGUGACCAAGAGAAUGAGUACAAUGAUUCCAGAGACAACAGUUGAGAAUAAUUAUUCAACAGUGCCAAAAACAGGGUUCACCAAAAUAUCAGAGUCUUCGGACGGAUUUACCACUCCUUUGGUCCCCAUUGAUUUUCCAUCAUCUGUGCCAACAUCAACGGAUGGAAUCAUGGAGACGACGUAUAGUCGUGAUGCAACGACAGUUAUGCAUACCAGGGUAACCGAGACCGGUACCGCGGGCACUAAUUCCACGCAAACCGUUUCUAUGAUCUAUGACUCCGAGAUGAAAACCAUAGAAAAUGAAUUCGUCAUGGAAGAACAUAGAAUGACCGUUCCUAUAUCACAAACCGAGACAAGCUUCCUUCAGACAACCGAUACCAAAACGGAAAGAAAUCCGACGACAUUUUAUCAGACUGAUUCAUAUACUAUACCUACGGAGGGCGAUACGACCUUCUUUGAAAAGAUUGAUACCAAAACAGAAAAAAAUCCAACAACAGUCAGUUUACAGACUGACCCGUACACUAUACUUAAUGAGGACGAUAGAUCAUUCCUUGGGAAUGUCGAUGAUAACGCAGAAGAAAUUACAACUACAAUAAUUAAAACCGAUCCAUAUACAACUACAGCUCAAUCAGAUAGAGAUUUAGUAACCGAGAGAACAUCUUUAUUUAAUAAUAUAGUUACGACCGAUAAAGUAACGACGAGAAGCAGUGCCGAAAUCGCAGCGAAAGAGGUAAAAGAAGAAGAAGAACAGGAAACAUCACCUGUAAAGUAUAAUAUAUUCACGACAGAAUUAUUACCUACUGUUAUUAGUACAACGACAGAAUCUGCGCAGUUUGAUAUUGACACAACAUUAGAAUUCGUGCAAUCUAGUAUCGAUACAUCAAAAGAGCCUACCGAAUCUAGUAUUGGUACAACAGAAUUUAUACAGUCUGAUACUGAGACAAGAUCUGUAGAGUCUAAUGAUGUUACGACAAAAGAAUUCGUGCAGUCUAGAAAUGAAAUAAAAGAAACAUCUGUACCAACUAGUAUUUAUACAACAACAGAAUCUGUACAGUCGAAUGUUGAAACAACAACAGGACCUGUACAAUCUAAUGUUGAAAUAGCAGAAGUAUUUUCUCCGUCUAGUAUUAGCGCAACAACGGAAUCUAUAUAUUCUAACAUUGAUACAACAGAAUCUAUACGUCAUAAUAUUGAAACAACAACAGAAUCUGUACUACCUAGUAUUGAUACAACGAUAAAAUAUGCGCAGGCAACUACUGAAGUACUACAAGAAUCAUCUAAUACGGCUAAUAUAAGAUCAAACGAGAUAGAAGAGAAUAAAAAUUUUUCACGAUCGGGAACGCAAAAUUUCAUACGACGACGCGUGAUAAAUCGAACAACAGGCAAGGUCGACGAAGAUCUUCUUCGUGUAAAUCCGAACGGUACAAGGCGUCGCGUAAUAUUUCGUACUCGAAGUAGGAUGGAAACUAGUACCAGGACCGACGACGUGCAAAGUUCUAGCGUAGCGAGCGUCGAUACGCCAGAUCGGAAGUUAAAGCCAAGAAGGAGGACCGUCCUAAAGAGAAUGAGGCUCAGAACAAGCGGAAUAGCAAAAGGGAAUGAUCUACCUGAAGGGAAUGCCGAAAAUAAUGGCGGUUCCGUGCAAGUUCAGGAUUUGGAGGCACAAUCCAAUCAGAAGAAUACAGACCGUGAGGUGAAUCUUUUCAAGAAUUCAGCCGGCGGUGCCAGAAGACCCGGAACUGUAGUACGACCAUCCACGACAAGUAGAACACUCACUAGAACUUCAUCGCUUCCUGAUGAUGUCUCCGAUGCGAUAAUACACCGUCGUAAAUUUCGACCUGGGGACGGUGGCUUAAAGCCAACAACCAAAUCAAUUAUUCGUGCAACUGACAAUUCCAAGCAGGAUAAGGAUGACACACUCGCAAAUGACCACCUGGAAGUCGAAAAAGAUGAUCAGAGUAGUCGCGCACAGGAAGUCGCUGUGACUGUAACGCAACGACCACAGCCAUCAGCUCCCACAGCAACAGGUCGCCCACUGUUCAGAACUGCCUUAAGACGCAGGAUAAGCACCACCCAAGCACCUAGAACAAUAUCCGUUACAACAACGUCGGCAUCGACGACAACGGCUCGACCCAUUGUCGUCAGACGACGUCAGAGACCGGUACCUUAUGAAAAAAUCGUGGAGAACUUACCCAGCAAACCGCGACACCGACCCAUCAUUGAUUACGACUACUACGAGGAUGAGGAGGAGCGUGUUAUAGGGAAGCCAAAACUCUCCGGGAAACUCUUCAUCACGGGUAGAGGUGGUAUCCGUUGUUUGGAUCAGGGUAACUUCCCUCAUCCAACGUCGUGCAAAAAGUUCAUCACUUGUGCAAGAAUGGUCAGCGGUCAAGUCAUUGGCACUGAGUAUACUUGUCCAGAUAAGCUAUCGUUCGAUCCGGUCGGCGGAAUUUGCAACUGGUCCGCCGGUCUUGGCUGUAAGGAAUAAUAAGAAUUGUUAUUGUCUUUAUUUUGAUACCGAGGAGGAUGAAAAAAAUGGCCGAGAUUUUCGUGGCGAUUUUUUAUCAACUCUUUUUCACGCUAAUAUGAAUGUUUAAGUUGUAUUCGUUAUUGAGCCUGCAAAAGGGCUGUUCUCGUCGUAUUUAUUGUAUAAGUUUUAUUUUGUCGCGAGCGACAAUGUAUAUGACAAAAUCAGAGAAACGGUAGCCAUAAUAAUUAAUUCAUAAUGAAUAAUUCUAAACAGAGAGCGGUGUGAUAUUAUCGUUAAAUAAAAGUAUUCUCGUAUUCUCGUGUAUAUAUAUGAAUGUAAAUAACGUAUUAUACGCUUUAGUACGGUGUCGUACUAGGGACGUAAUUUAUAAAUCAUCACUUGUACGUAGUUUUACAGGAAGUCUAUUGUUUAUAUCGAUGUCCAAGGAGAAUCUCUUCAAUUUUGUAGGCGUAGUCGUUAAGAUUCAUGAAAUCAAUUCAAAAUUCGUUUAUUGGUAUAUAAGUUUCGAUUGAACGUUCAGAUCACAAAGCUAUCUUACAUGUAGUAUUAUUUGAAUAAAAGUAUGGUAUAUCCUCAA